CUUGCAGAUUUCAUCAAAUAAACCCGAAAUGCUUGCAGUGAAAGGAAAAACUGAAAGAAAAUCAGCAGAUGGCAGUAUAAAAGAAGAUGAUAUUCUUGUAUCACAGUACAAUGCUGGUCAGAAAGAAGCUUUGAGGGCUGUUUUCAAGCAAAGGACACAAAAUGAGCCAGUCUGUAAAGAGGUGAAGGUGCAACUUUUGGAAAACCAAAUUUCUGAAAAAACAGAAAUGGGAGCACAGAAUAAUCAGUUAGAACACUGUAGCUUACAGCAAGCUUCAGCUGCUGCAGCUGCCACUGCAGCUGCUGUUGCUGCUACUGUACCCCUUUUCAAGGUUCAUAAUGAUUUAGAAGCCAAGAUUGCCUCGGUUGCAGAAUUAGUUACCAAACUACAAGAGACUGACCGACAAAUGCAAAAUGUUGCUGAACAGCAAGCACAUGUCCAAGUCCAGGAGACUGGUUGGCCUCAUCACCGCGAAAGGGUCUUUGAAUUAGAAAAGCAACUAAACAGUGUCAUUGAACAGAGAAUAGAGCAUCUCGAAAAAUUACAGCAACAACAGUUGCAGCUACAGUCCUGUUUUAUGAAUUCUGCAAUCAGUACAAACAGCCGUCAUGCAUUGAGUGUUCAUCCUGCAUGUUUUCAUUCAAUUCCACAUAGUUCAACAGCAAAAUCAACUUCAAAAGGUUUCCAGUGGUUGCCAAGCAACAGCAUUAAUUAUUCACAUACCAGAGCUGUACCUUCUGAGAGCCUUCCAGUAGCAACGGUAUAUGGAGGUCAACUUCAAAAAACUAAACCUAGCUUGGAAAAAUCACCACUGGAGACACCAGCUCCACGCAAAUUUGCACCUGUGCCAAUGUCCAAAGAAAAUGGAUCAGCUCCAUUAGUUAAUUUAGGAAAUGGAAGAUUUUUGGAAGAUAUUCUAAAUAAGCAGGAAACUCCUGUGAGACAGACAGAAUCUGUUGAGAAGGUCAGUGUUUCCAUGACAACAGCAGGCAGCAAUCCACAGAGCUCUGGCAUCCUGCUGACAGAAUCCUUCCCUGCCUUGGGAGGCCCCUCUAGGGGUUCAGAACUGGUGGAGGGUAUAUCCAGUACAACUGUGCAGAAAGCAACUGAAGUGCUCCAUGACCUUGGCCGACUUAAGAGAGAGAUGCAGAGCAUUCUGCAGGAAGGAGAACAGUGGCGUUCAGAAAUAAAAGGCUUUACCAAGCCUGCUGAAACCUUUUCUAUGAAGCAGAGAAUGAACACCAGCCAGAAUAUCACUCCUAGGACUAUUGAUCCAGUACACAUCCAGCAUCCUCUGGCUGAAGGGCCUGUAAAUGCCAACUGCUUCACCAACACAGCUCAGCUUGCAAAACCUUCCCUCCUUCAGUCUGUGGAAGCCCCUAAGUCAAUGUUCUUUGAUGCUGAAAGGAUUCUGCGAGAAGUAAAAAACAACAAGAAAGUCCUUGAAGAAAAUCUGGAAGCAAUUAUUAGAGCAAAAGAUGGAAAUGCUAUGUAUACACUUAUCAGUGCCCUGUCUGCCAACAGAGAUGCAGCAGAAGAAAUUCGCGUAAGAAAAACAGUCGAUGCUUGGAUUGCAGCUAUUAGUAAAGAUAUUGAGGAUGAAAUAGCAAGAAAUGAACUUAUUCAAGAGAAGAAGAGGAAGGAGAAGGAACAGCAGAUUCUUUCAUUGAAGAAAGGGCAGAGCGCAGAAGUUGUGAAUCCAUUUAAAGUUAAAGCACAAAAGAAGCUUGUAUCACUUGCAAAGAAACCUGCAACUUCAACUAGGAUUCUUCCAAAGCAGUCAACAGAAACUUGUGGAAAGCAAAACUUGAUUAGUAGGCCUGUUUCACAAUCUUUUCAGAAUACGGUAAAGACAAAGGUGCCUCCUCAGGUUAAUGAAGCACUGUUACAAGAUGAAGAUUACCUUUCUCGUGUAUAUGGGAAAGCUGUUUACCAGGGCCAUCGUUCUACUCUGAAGAAGGGACCUUAUAUUCGACUUAACUCACCUUCGCCCAGAUCUAAAGCACAGAGACCAAAAGUAGUUGAGAGCAUUAAAGGUGUGAAGGUAAAAUCUGCUAGAACACAAACACACUUGCUCCCUACAAAAUCUGCUAUAAGCAGUCCACCACAGCACCCUCUUUCUGCUCCACUCAUACCAACUAAGCAAUAUGUAUUCAGUCCUGUCAGAGAACUACAGCCAGACGCUAUCUUCUCCGGACCACUUGAAGGGCAUCUUAUCCCAGUGGCUGUUCCUCUAGGUCAGCCACGUAUUGAUGGGACUGCACCACAGCCAUCUGGUGUUUUUCUAACUACACCACAGCCUGUAACAAUUACAACUUCAAUUCUCCCAUCGCCCCCAAAGGCACAGUCAAAAGUAAAGAAACCUAACAUUGCAGUUGUUGAAAUGCGAUCAGAAAAGAAAGACCCUCCAAAACUUAAUAUCCAGGUUUUGCCAAACGUAGAUAUUGACAGUAUUACAAGUGGUAGCAGUGAUGUUAGUAAGAGAUCUCCGAGUCCUUCAAGACAGGCACCAACACUCCCUCCUGCACAGACUGUGAUACAGUCCCCAGAGCCAGAUGAUGAAGAAGAUGAAGGUCAAUUUCCAGGAAGUGAUUUUCUAGCAGUAGCAGAUGUGACUCAGAUGAACCAUGAAAAUGAAGAUGUUUCCCCAGAAAGCCCUGAACCACCUAUAGAGCUAAAUGGCUGGUCUGAGCCUUUUGCAGUUAAUCAUGGGCUAGUAUUUCCACCUUCAGUUCCUGUUUCACAGCCCACUGUGGACAUUGUGGACAAAAUGAUUAGAGAGAGAGAAACGGUGGAAAACAGAGUGAUCAACUGGGUAGAACAGGAAAUCAUGUCCCGUAUCAUCACUGAGAUGUAUCCUGUCCGUGAAGAGCCAUUAGCAGAAAUCAGCGUAUCGGAGAGCUCAGAGAAUCAGUCUGCACACACAGACAUUGUUGAAGCUGCAGGGGGUGGAGGAUUUCAGCUGUUUGUCGAUGCUGGUGUCCCAGUUAAUUCCGACCUGAUUCGUCAGUUUGUGAAUGAAGCUCUUGCGGAGACAGUAGCCAUCUUGCUGGGUCAGAGAGAAGGUCAACACAUGUCUCCUACACCACUACUUCCCGAAAGCAAAACACCAUUGCCAGAGAUGUGUGGCCUAACACCAGUGGCUACCCCACAAGCCACACCGCCUGAUUCACCACCACCACCACCAGUCAAGGUUUCCUCGCCAGUAAAAACUCCAGUGAUGUCACCACAGACAUCUAUUGAAUUCAAAGAAACUGAAUCAAAGCCUUUCCAAGAACCAGAAUUAGGAGCUGCAUCUGACAAAAGCAUUGUUGGUACACCUGUUGCCACUCCUAUGGCAAGUCCACCAAGAGUCGUUACACCAACUCCACCAACAUCAGAAAAUAUUUCAGAAGCAAGUAUAACUCAAAAUCCAGAACCUGUCCAACAAGUUCCCAAGCCUUGGGGGGAUGUUGAACUUCCUCUGGCGGAAGAAAACCCAAAUUCUGCAUCUGAAAAAAUUCCCCAGCCUGAAGCCAUCACAUUGUCAGUGGCCAACGAUGAAGAACCUACUAGCCUUGUAGCGCCACUGCCUGUGAUAAAUGAAGUUCCUAGCCAGACGCUUCGUGAACCUACGCCUGCUCCGCCUGCACAUUCACCAGUUUACACCCCAUCUUUAGAGAGCACCAGCUCAACAAUUUCCAUCACUGAAACAGAAACUGUAGAUAGACCCAUCUCUGAAGGAGAGGUCCUCAUCACCUACAGACAAAUAAUUGCUGCAAGAGCAUUGGCAGAAGGAGGGGUACCUCAUGUUAACCUUAAUACAAGCCUUUCCAGCACUUUGCAGGAUGCCCAGGAUAUGGAUUAUGAUUCGCCUAGUGAAGGGCAAGUAAUAAAGAAACCUCACAGAGGACAUCACCGAGAUCCUGUUCUGGGUCUUUUGGCCAACAUGAAUCAGGACCCAGUCAUUAGACAAGCACUACAAUUUCAUAGUCAGAGUUCUGAUGAGGAGUGCAGUGGAGGAGAGAUUAGCGAAGGGCAAAGACCCCAGAUGACUGUCGCAGCCGAAUUUAUCAUGACUGGACAUUCUGUUUAUAUGGAUCAACCAGCACUGAGUGGCCUUAGAAAUGAACGCAGAAGACAUACACCAUCUCCAGAGCAGCUGAACAGAACCACAGGUGAUGUGUUCGAUGAUUCACUCCUCAGUCAUGGUCCCAUGAGCCUUGGUGAAUUAGAGACUCGACCAGUUCCUCUUCCCCAUGUACAACAGAUGACACAUUUCUCCUCAAGGCCUGUUGAUGUGGAACAUGGGUCGCAGAGGCUUGAGAACAUACAAGUGAUACAGGUUGAAAGCAGAGCAGAAGACUCCAGAACUCCAGGUUUACUUACUGAUUUGGAUCGGACUAAUGUGGCACCUGAUUUAUCUCUCACCUCUGACAUUUCAGGAUCACAGCCAGUACCAUCUUCACAACCUCAGGCAGUACCGGUCAUGGUGUCUGUAACCUUGCCAUCCAUGAAUGAAGAGGACCAAGCUGAUAGUGUCAGCACUAUUGAUGCUGAUACAGAUUCCUCUGGAGCUGACACUUUUUAAAUAAGAGACUCUACUGCAGUAUCACGAGGUUGCUGAUGAUAAAUGCUUUUACCUCAAACAGUUUUUGUAACUGGAACAGACAUACAUGUUUAAACCACAUCACCUACAUUUUAAGGGAUCCUCAGUUAGAGUCAUGAUUUAUCUAAGGUGGCUGCUAUGAUCCUGUUAACUUGAAACUUGCUGUGCCUUUCUUUACCAAGUACAGGUUUACACACAGUCCAGCUGAAGUAAAACACAUUUUGUGUGCUUUUUAUAAUAAUGCCGAACAAAUACUUGGGAGUUCUUCUUUAAAUGUGCAUUAAUAAAAUAUAAUUAAAAUUAUUUGUGUAAACUAUGUAGUUUUUUAAGUGUUAUACUGUGAAAUUGUAUAUUUUCUUGAGUUUUAUUGUACAACAUAUUGAUUUG